GCGUUUUAAUCAUUUUUUUCUUGCUGACCUUGACGUUUGUUGUUAGGUUCUCAAUGUAUUUAAAUGUUAGUGUAGGUUUGUGAGACAGCCGUCAGAGAAAUAAGUAGUUGAGCCUAUGUUUUAAUACUGAUCCUUUCUCACAGCUAUUUGCAGCAUAUAUUAUUCUGUUUGGGUACCACUCCCAAUUCGGAUUUUAACCGUUGUUACUGAUACAUUUCUGGUUAUAAAAUGAGUGACGACGAUCAAGUUGUACGACAAAGAACAGGGGAUGUUGUAGAACCAACUACUAUUACUGCUUCUUCGACUACUUCUAAUACUAUCAAUAUCGAUACACAAGAUGAUGUAUUAAACGCUAAGAAACAAACAAGCGAUGAUGAUGACGAUGACGAACCAAUUGAUCCAAUUAGACCAGAUUUUGAAGCCGCUGAAAAACUACAUCAAGGUACAAGUCAUGUACCGCCAAUAAUUGAUUUCUUAAAUAAAUUUCUUCCACCACGUUGGGUUAAUUGGACUGUACGAUUAUUUACAGGCCUACUAUUAAUUUCAGGAUUUACACUUCUUAUUUACUUGGGUCCAUUGGCAUUAGUACUUAUGGUUUUAGCUAUUCAAUUGGCUUGCUUCUAUGAAAUUAUCAAUAUUGGUUAUUUGGUUUAUCGAUCGCAUGAUUUACCUUGGUUUCGAUUAUUAUCGUGGUAUUUUUUGUUUACAUCAAAUUAUUACUUAUUUGGUGAAAGUUUAAUCGCCCGAUUUCGAUUACUUUUAGCUAAAGAAGAUUUUCUACAACCAUGGAUAACUCAUCAUCAGUUUAUUUCAUUUUCAUUAUAUUGUGCUGGGAUUGUUGCAUUUGUUCUAAGUUUAGUUAAAAGGCAUUAUAUUAAACAGUUUACUUUGUUUGGAUGGACUCAUGUUACACUGCUUAUUUUCGUUACAUCAUCUUAUUUCUGUAUUGAAAAUAUUUUCAAUGGUUUAAUUUGGUUUCUUUUACCAGUUUGUCUAGUUAUAUGCAAUGAUAUUAUGGCAUAUGUAUUUGGAUUUUUCUAUGGGAAAACACCACUUAUUAAAUUGUCACCGAAAAAAACAUGGGAAGGUUUUAUUGGCGGUGGUUUAUCCACUAUACUAUUCAGUAUAUUACUAUCUUAUAUUUUAUUAAAAUAUGAUUAUUUCGUAUGUCCAAUUGAAUGGGAUGAUACAAAAGGUUCUUUAACAAUGAAUUGUACUAGAAAUCCUGUAUUUAUAGCACAGAUCUAUGAUUUACCGAAGUAUUUAUUCUUUCUUCCAAUACGUCAAAUCACUUGGUAUCCAUUCUUACAGCAUUGUUUAAUUAUCAGUAUAUAUACAUCAGUUGUUGGACCAUUUGGUGGAUUCUUCGCUAGCGGUUUUAAGAGAGCAUUUAAAAUUAAAGAUUUUGGUGAUUUUUUCCCUGGACACGGUGGUGUAGUUGAUCGUUUUGAUUGUCAAUUAAUAAUUGGAACAUUUGUAUUAUUUUAUUAUAAUUCAUUUGUUCGAACUUAUAGUCCUGUUUCUCUAUUACCAAAAAUCUACAUUUUGCCACCAAAUGCACAAAUUCUAUUUUAUCGUCUACUUACGGAUGGUCUUUAUAAACGUGGUCUACUUCCUAAUCAAUUAGUAGAUGCAGUAAAUGAAUAUUUACCAUCUACAUCAGGAUCAAGUUCAACAACAAUACGACCAACUAGUUCAUCGUCGUCAUCGUUGAAUAAUGUUGAAGUGUAGAAAGUAUUUGAAAAAAAAGAUCAACCAAUGAGAAUAUAAGCCAACAAGUGAUAGUGUUACAAACACACACACACACACACACACUAGAGCUACAGACAUUCAUGUGCGUUUAACUUAUUUUUCAUACAGAAAGAUGAAAUAUAAAAUUACUUCGAUAAAAAUACUUCUACUAGUGGGCUUGGCGAUUGUUCAAGUUUGAAUUUUACAAUGAGAUUGCGAUUAAAAAUGUGUUGUUGUUCUCCUCCCCCCCUCCCUCUCACUUAUCAUUAUUAUUCUUAUUCCCAUUACUUAUUUGCUAACAUGCUUUUAUUUUAUACUUGCCCCUCGCAUAGACAAGUGUAUUGUAGAUCAUUAACAUAAUGAGAUAUGCACUCACAUAUAUACAUAUAUAUAUAAACCGCAUACAGACACACACACACACAGUCACGCAUUAUGGGGUGUAAGACUAACGUUAAUAACUAGUCCACUUUACAUUGAAAUUUGUUUUCAACUUUUAAAUUAAUUAGUAAAUAUUUGUUGUACUACUUACUAAUUUGUACUACUUAUAUAUAAGUAGUAUGUGUUGCUAGCUGAAUUGAACUGAAAGAAAUCAUUAAAUACAAGCAGAAAUUUAAAAUGUGAAUCAUGAAAGUGUCAAUACAAUUGUGUUUUAACAGAAUAUGUAGAAUUUGUUUCUUGUUUAUUUUUAUUGUAGAAAAUAAAAAUAAGAUACUGAUUUACUACUCUAUUCAAUCCAGUCAAUGUAGUACUGUUUUAAUUGAUCAUCAUCAUCAUCAUCAUCAUUUAUUUUGUAUUGUUCACUUAUGUGGUGCAUUUCCCUCUCUCUCUCUCUCUACGUGUAACCGGCUUGUAUCUGUUUACAUAACCUCAUCAUCAUUAUUAUUGUCAUUGUCAGUGUUAUUAUCUGUUUUACACCCGUAUAUACUGCUUACUAUACACUCAUUAACAUAAAUUUUCUUAUCAAUAAGAGAGUAAAAGUAUCAAACAUUAAUAGGGGUGGGGAGACUGUUGCUAUUUCUAUUUAAUUAGAGUUAUGAAUAAUACUGUUAUGUCAUUCAAUGAUAUAUUCAUUCUGUGAUUUCUUCAUUUAAUAUCUAUGUGAUACAUAUUGAUGAAGUGUAUCAAUUUGACAGUGUGCAUAUAUAUAUAUAUAUAUAUAUAUAUAUAUAUAUAUAUAUAUAUAUGUGGAUAUACAUUCAUAUUUUCAUAGAUGCUUACAAAAGUAUUGUGUUUUCUUUUUCUUUUAAUUUUUACAUCGUAUCCUGUGUCACUUUGAUACAGAUGCAUUUAAUAAAAGUAAUGAUCUUUACACAUAUAUACACUUCCACUUAAUCAGUAGUGACACUUUGUUGUCUAUAUAUAGUUUAAUGAUGGAUUAUGUUAAUUCAAUUGUUGAUAGUCUUAUUAUGUUUCCUGAUUGGAAAGGCUGUAUGGUCAUUUUUGUUUCGUCCAUCAAAUCAUUCCAUCUAGGUUAAUGUGAAAGUGAUAUGAUUGGGCUAAAAUUGUU